AUGACGAUUGAAAUAUCCGCAACACAUCCACAGCCAACGCAUCCAGGCUUAAUCAGAGUCGUGAAAUGCCCAGGCGAAUAUAUGUCAUACGCUGUAGCUGAUAGAGAUAUAGAGAAGAAUCAAGUGCUUUCCUACCUAGACAAGGCGACGCUUGCAAAAAACGCGUAUACUUCAGUACAAGUUUCUCCUACUGAACACAUUGAAUUGAAUAGUGAUUUGGUUUACAUAAAUCACAGCUGUGAGCCAAAUGUCGCGUUUGUUGUCGGUAUUGGCGGCGGUGUACACGAUUAUUACUUGAAAUCACUCAAGAAUAUUUCAAAGGGCGAAGCUUUGGAAUUCUUCUACCCAUCCACUGAAUAUUCCAUGUCGCAGCCAUUCAAAUGUUUGUGCAAUACAAAGUCGUGUUUAGGGGAGAUAAAGGGGGCUGAAUCUAUUGAUAAGGAUACACUCAAUCAAUUCCCCCUCAACGACCACAUUAAAUUGUUAAAAUCUUUUCCUAGUAUUUUAAAUCCCCCGCAAUCCCCACAGUCUCCACAAUCUAUUCAAAUAUGCCAUCAAUGUAAUCUCCCUAUGUCUGGUCAGUUUGUUAGAGCCUUGGGUAACAUCUACCAUCUCGACUGCUUCAAAUGCCACGAUUGCGGCGUCAUCGUUGCCAAUAAGUUCUUCCCCAUCCAAUCCAAGGACGGCAUUUCCUCACAUCCCCUCUGCGAAACUCACUAUUUCCGCCGCCUCGACUUGAUUUGCGCUAACUGCGAUAUGGCACUGCGCGGUUCGUAUAUUACCGCAUGCGGAAAGAAAUACCACACAAAUCAUUUCACUUGCUCAAUCUGUAAUUUAGUCUUUGGUCCAAAGGAUUCUUACUACGAGCAUCAAUCUCAUGUAUACUGCCACUUCCACUACUCAACUCGCUUCGCCAUCAAAUGCUCUGGCUGUAAAACCGCUAUCCUCAAACAAUUCGUCGAAAUUAAUCGAAAUUCUAUCAACGAACAUUGGCAUCCUGAGUGCUACAUGAUCAACAAGUUUUGGAACGUUAAAAUUGCUCGUCCAAAUUCUAUAACCCUAUCUCCACUCGAUGAAGAAGCACUGGAAUCCCCUCUAGCUCUCAUAGAUAAGCAAAAAAGAAUGGAAGAACAUGUCUUCCGUAUUUGGACUGUUUUAUCCGCUUUCGAAGAAUCCUCUGCUGCUUGCAUUUCUGAAAUGCUUAGACAUGUUUCAACCGGCGCUUACAUUACUGCCGUUAGAAUGGCUGGCAAGUUUAUCAUUCACGUCGAAGUUUUAUUCGCUGCAAUGGAUAAAAUCGAAGAUUCUUUUCUUAAAGAGGACAUUAAGAGUCCUUCACAUUACCGCGAAGCUCGCAUGCUAUGUCGCAAAACUGUUUCCUUCCUUUCCAUCCUCUCACACACCCACGAAGCUGGCUCACGUAGGAUGGGUAUCACCAAAGAAUUGCUAUCGCUUGUUACCGGCCUCGCUCACUACCUCAAAAUCCUUAUUAGGAUUGCUUUGACCGCUUCUUUAAAGCUAGAUCGUGAUUAUACGGACAUUGAAGCCCUACCUGCUUUUCUCGACAAGCUUUCUCUUCUCCUUCAAGACCCUAUCUCAUCCGCACAACAUGACAAUCCCAACGAUGACCGUUAUCUUAAGCAAGUCCCCUACGGCUACAAAUCCAUGUCUAUCUCCUCCAAGAAAUCUUCCAUCGUAGGCAGAGGUAUAUCAUCAGAAAAUCCCACCGAUCUUUGUUUCGCUUGCAAUAUGACAGUUGAAGAUGACUGUAUUAAAUUUGGUACGUCGUUAAGGUGGACAUUGGACUGUUUCCGUUGCGAUGGUUGUCACCGCCGACCCAUCCUACCAAUACGCUCCGUGCGUGACAGACAGAAGGACCGCGAGCGUCAAAGAGACAAGCGCAAGGAGCAAGCUGCAGAGUCAGGAUUGGCGUACGAGAGUUCGACUGACUACGAUUCAGAUAUUGCAAAGUUGGAAAGGGCGGGUACGUCAGACGGAGGACGCCGCCUUGCCAUUGAGGAGUACUACUUGUCGAGACCUGAGCCGGCUACUCUGUCUAUACCACCAGGUGCAUCUAACAGGGCUGUGCUUGCUGCGGAGAAAGCUGCUACCAAGGUUGUUUGCACGUCAUGCAAGCACACCGUAACUUAUGCAGAGAGAGGCUUCACGUUUGCGACCAAACUGGAACAGUAUUCUUACCUACUCAACGUCGGUCUUACACGCCUCUUUAUGGUUCUCAAGACUAGGGGUGUUGUGCCCUCGAAACCAAGAAGCGGCGGUCUGGAUUCCAAGACAAAUGAGUCUGAGAAAGCGUUGGAGAUGGCUGACGAGCAGAAGAAGAGAGAUCGCGAAGCCCAGAAUGCAUCCAAGGAGGUGUACGAUAGCUGGCGCGACAGUUCGGAGCUGAAGAGGAUACGUCCACAAGAGUUGGAGCUGGAUAGGAAGCUGUCAGCAACAGCACGCCUACCGAGGAGAUCGACUGUGGUUGAGUCGCCUAUUGGCAGUUCAGCCGUGCCAUCCGACCUUUUCCCGUCGCCCUUGAACGACAAUCCACCCGUGCAGGAGGCUGAAGUGCAGCCCUCGCAUCCUGUCCUCACCAUUAAGCCUGAGACGGGUGUGCGCAUCGUCCACGAAAACGCCCCCAACGUCAUCUCAGAACUCAAGCCGCAGUUCUCUAAGCGGGACGACAACGAGAUUGUCUAUACAUCACAGACGGAUAAGUCUUACGACAGCGAUGCCGUGUCGUUGGUAGACAUGCCACAGAUUAUGGAGGCGAACCAGGCGCGCGAGCAGAGGAAGUCGCUGUCGCGGGCGAGCAAGAAUAUACUCAUGACUGAGUUAUCAUCGCUAGAAGCGCUCGUUGUGAAACACGCCGCACUCUAUCUGCUCGAGCGGUCGGAGAUGUCAAAGCACAUUGAGAACCUUGACGACCUGCUCGACUUGGUGGAACAGAAGAAGGCGAAUACAUUCUGGGGCAAGUUCUUCAAACCGAAGAAGGAGCAGAAGAAGACGGGUAUUUUGGGUUGCACGCUUGAUCAGCUGGUCGAGAGGUCGGGCGUGAAGACGCAAAUGACGAAUGGGUCAUAUAGAUUAACCAUACCACAGCUCUUCGACGACCUUCUCAUGGCUAUGCGCCAGGUGGAUAUGUCUGUAGAAGGGGUGUUUAGAAAGAAUGGGAAUAUACGGAAGCUGCGCGAGUUGGUGGAGGCUAUUGAUAAGGAAGUCUAUACUGGUAAUUUGACUGAAGAGUCGCCCGUGCAGCUGGCUGCGCUGCUCAAGAAGUUCCUCGCUGGGCUGGGUGAUCCUAUUUUCCCACACAAGCUGUACAAGCUGUACACUAACUUGCAAUUGGAGAUAGUGGACGAGACUACGCGCAAGAGGAUACUACAUCUGCUCAUCACACUCUUGCCAAAGUCACACAGGGACCUGCUCGAAGUACUCUUUGUGUUUCUGAGAUGGGUGGCAUCGUUCAGCCACGUCGACGAGGAGACGGGGUCAAAGAUGGACAUACAGAACCUUGCAAUAACAAUCGCACCCUCGGUGCUAUACCCGCCUCACAGCCCAUAUAAUCGUGAAGAUACGAUCAUUUGCAACAGGUCGAUUGCAGAAUACCUCGAAGACCAGGAUGACUUCUGCUGCGUACCAGCAGAAAUACUGCCGAUCUUACACGACCAUGAACUGUUUUCUUUUACAUCGUCAGAGAUAUCACGUAAGGAUAUCAGGAGAAGGUGUGAGCAGAUAUUUAAUUGA